ACUGCUCAGUAAGAGAAGUUUUCAUACAGGAUGUCUAACGUCUAAUGUCCAAAUUGGGAUCAUUCAUAUUUUAAAAAAACACAAAACAUACAGUACAUGUAUCUUCAACAGUUAAAUUUAAAGUAGUAACAAUAUUAGAUGAGUUGUCAGUGACUAAAUUGUUCAGGAACCGUUUUGACAAUCUGUUUGAGACAUUUUGUUAAGAAUUAUUGCUCGGACCCUAAAAAUUUUGAUCCCUAUUUAAAAUUUAAACUGCAAAGGAAGGAAGGUCGAGGCAGCAGGGAGAAGUUUGUCUUUUAAACACACAUUAGCCUGCAAAAAUAGUGCAUUUGUGAGACCAUAUUAGACUUUCAUUAUUCCGGAAAUGCACUGAGAGACCUAUUUACUCACCCAAACCGAGAUGUGAGCUCAAUAAAAAACUCAGAUGUGCUUUUGUGGUCAAACUGGUGCAGUGUUUGUUUCUCUCCCCACAGUGUCACUGUUGGUCACAUAAUCAGGUGAACACAAAAUGUGACUUUUGCAGUUAGUUUCAAGUUGACACUCGUGUGGAACUUCAGGAACUGAGAAUAGGUGAAGAAAAAUCGAAAUGUCAAGAGAAGAAUGAUGUGUUCUCUGUUUGCUCGCUGCAUUUCACAGAAAAUGGCAUGUUUUUGUUUUCGGCCUCUUCUAUUAAUUCUCUUAAUAUCAGAAUGCAGAGCUGCCUCAUCAGGUACUGAGACUGUGUCUGGGCAUCAGGGAGGCGACGUAGUUCUCUCCUGUUUAAAUCCAAACGUGAUGGAUCCAAACAGCAACUACAGAGUCCAGUGGAAAAAGUAUGUCACAAACACCAGGCGGAUGGAGGUCAUUUUUCAGUGGCCGCAGAACCUCCAAAACCCGAAACGCAUGAAAUGGGAAGCUGAUGAAAAUGGAAAAAGGGGACUUCAUCUGUCAAAGCUACAAAAAUCAGAUGAAGGACUGUACAAUUGUGAGAUCUAUGAGGGAUGGGACAUCGUUCUGAGCAAAAACAUAUCUUUAAAAGUGAAAGACUGUAAAGCCCUUCCACCGGUGACUGCAGCACCGGGCACAUCUGUUCAACUCAACUGUCCAGUGAACGUCACAUCAGGGCAGCAAAAUGUCUCCUGGGUGAUGCUGAAAGGAAACAACCCCAUUUCUAUUGACUCUAAAAGGUUUCAAGUCAACGGCACGUCCCUGGUUAGCCGGUCUGUGACCACUAGUGACAGCGGCUGGUACAGAUGCAAUCACAUACUGGGGCAAACUCAAUGCUGCUUGGUCAUCAAUCUGCUGGUCCAAGAAGUGAGAGUUGUUUUUGAGGCUACAACAGUUCCGCUUAUUAAAACAACAGCUCAGCAAGUGACAGUCAGAAAUGUUGCAUGGACAAACAGGAUGGAGGAGAGCAGUGGAGCUUUGAUUGCACUCGUGACCUCGGUUGUUUUGGGGAUCGUCAUAAUUGCAGCACUGAUUGGAUUAUUCAUGUACCGCAGAUCUAAGAACCAGAGUAUCAAUUAUCGAGACCACACUGCAGACUCCAUGAGUGGCUACGAGUGUGUGGAUCUCCCAGGUUCACAAGAUCCUGCAAGAAGCAUCCACUGCAACAGUUUAUACCAUUGCCAGGAUGAAAACUUGCACACUUUCCUUCGUUAGUUAUUUCCAGACUGCCGAAGAAAAAGAAGAUGCAUUUCAUCUAAUCCAGAAAAUUCUUGCAUUAUAUAUAAAUCUGUAAUAUGCAGCCUCUUGCUUAUUAUCUUGUUUCGAUCAAAAUAUCUAAUCAUCUGUAUCAUUCCAGUUAAACGGAGAAGCGCUUACAAUGUAAUAUUUCAAAAAAUACAUAUAUACUACUGUUCAAAAAUUUGGGGUCACCCAGAAAAUGUUAUGUUUUCCGUGAAAACUCACACUUUUAUUCAUGUACCAACAUAAUUUCCCAAGGGUUUUCUAAUCAUCAAUUAGCCUUUGAACAUGAUUAGCUAACACAAUGUAGCAUUAGAACACAGGAGUGAUGGUUGCGGGAAAUGCUCCUCUGUACCCCUAUGGAGAUAUUCCAUUAAAAAUCUGCCAUUUCCAGCUAGAAUAGUCGUUUACCAUGUUCAUAAUUUCUAUACUGUAUUUCUGAUUAACUUAAUGUUAUCUUCAUUGAAAAAAUGCUUGUCUUUCCAAAAUAAGGUCAUUCGUAAGUGACCCCAAACUUUUGAACAGUAAUGUAUAUAUAAAUCAAAGGAAGAUCUCGAACCCUUGACCUCUAGAGUGAAGAGCUCCAGUGACUGUGUUAUACUGUGGAGGGCAUUUUUCUGGCAUGGUUGGGUUCCACUUAAUGACUCACUGCUAAUCAAUAUGAAGUUGCUCUGAACGAUCACUUUCAUCCAAAGAUGGAACAGAUCAGUCCUGAUGUGAGCCAUCAAUACCUGCAUCCACUUGGCACAAAAAGCCAUAAAAUCAUAACUAAGUCAUAAUAAGCAAUGUAAAAAUACCCACAUUUGGGCUGCAAAUGGAAAUUAUUUUCAUUGUUGAUUUCUUUUUAAAUUAUUCUCUCAAGUAACAGAUUACUUGUUUGAUCUAAAAAAAAUGUUAGGACACGGUGAGAAACAUGAAGCAGUGGUUCAUAAAACCCAGGAUGACUUCUUCAAAUGCCAUGUUUUGUCCACGACGUAAAGAUUUUCAUUUGAUUGUCACAGAGGAGUAAAGAAGCCAGAAAAUAUUCUAAUUUAAGAAGCAUUUUCUAUUAAAAAUGACUAAAAAUUAUAAUUGACAAUUAUUUUAGUAGUUGAGAACUACUUGAUUAUGCAUUGCAUCUGUAACCUUCAUUGUCUUUUUUAGAUGUCCUAAGUCUGGAAGUUUUGUACAUAUCUUGAACUGGAAAUAUGAUAAGUCAAAAUGUUAUUUAAUAAUUUAGGCCUUCUGAGUUUAAAGGACAUUUCAGAUUGCCACAAUAAUAUUCCUCCAAGAUCAAAUUAUAUCACUUUUAUUAUUAACGUGUGUGGGAUUUCUCAUUACAGAUAUCAAGCAUUUACCUGCAGAUAUCUUCAAUUUAAAUUGUGAUAUCUGCACUUUAAUCCAGAGUUCCAUUAAAGGCAUUAUGGAGGAUGUUUUUUUUUUUGUUUAAUUUGUCUGAUUCACAUAAAAUGAAUAUACUGACCUUUAGUGGACUUGUAUGUAUGGUUUCUAAAAAAAAUUAAAAAUUAAAAAAAUAACUGUGGACAUGGCAGGACCUGAAAAACAUCAGCCAAUCAUUGCGCUCGGACCGAGGCGUUUGGUUUGCUCCCUUUCCUGUCAAUCAAAAAUCUUCCGGCUCAGGCCGAGUUACGUAGAUUACGUACGCCUUGGACUUACGUGUUUUCUGUAUGUGUUGCUUUGGUAUAGCUUCGUAGUUCGCUGGCGGCUUGUUUUGCUCAUCUUUUUUUACAUAAUGGCAGAUAAAGAUCCAGGGGGACCCAGCCGUAAAAGACAACUUCACGAGUGCUACGCAAGUUUCUGGAGGGGGGCGUUUCUUCGUAAAUGUUAAGAGGGGGGAGGUUAGAGGGGGGUGAGGGAGAGGUUGUAUGUGCGCAUGCGCAUGCUACGUUCAAAGUCGUAGGAAAUUAAAUCUCCUCUAAUGCCUUUAAGUCUGCUUUAGCAACACAUGGUGGCCCAACACUUUACUGAGACACUUUUUGUUGUUUUUUAAUUUUUUUUUCCAUUUAAUGUGAUGCAUAAUCAUGACGAACGAGUCAUAAACUCUGAUUUCUGUUUCUGUCAGUUACAAGGAAAAAUGCUCUUUCAGAUGUUGGUGUUUAAAUGGUGUUUUUUUUCAGCGCACUGAUGAUUAAAAUGACUUAUAAACUCGAAUGCAAAGCACUUGAUGUUGUUUCACUGUAGUUUACAGCCUGUAAUAAAUCAUAGAAACUGUCA